AGACUACUUAGAAAAACAUCUCUAGUUUAUCAGAAACAAUCAAAUAGAAAUAGAAAAAUCAUCAAAAAUGGAAAUACGUGGUUUUCACCAGACAGGAAGGUUAUGAAAAAAAUGUAGCCUGUAAAGCAACUAUUAUGCUGCCAGACAAAAAUAGUAGAGGACAAAGUAGAAUAUUUAAGAUGUAGUGGAGCAGGAGUAUAAAGUUGCAUACAAUGGAAGUAGUGCAGAACUUGAGUAAAUGUACUCAGUUACAUUCCACUGCUGCUGAUGCCUCAUGAUCAACAGGCUGAAUCUGCACAGUCUCUGUGGAGCCUCUGCGCGCGUGUGUCUGCGCGCGUGUCUGUCUUCACUGAUGAUCUGUGACUCACUUCUCAAGAGAAGUUUGUCCCUUCACAGCAGACAGAGGCGACAGUGCGCCACCGAGGCGUCUCCGCCGUCGGCUUAGUCUGGAUAAACUCAUAAAAUAAAGAUGUUCAGGAAGACUUAACGAUGACAGAUAAGGCUUCAAAAGACUCGGAAAGAAAUAAAAGAUAAUGUGACGCUGGGAUGUGAUGUCAUGGUAAGCAAGAAGUCCCUGCGGGAAUGUAAGCGACAUAGAGGCAGUUACUGAUGACUCAUGGCGACAAUGUCCCGAACAUGGACCAUCUUCACUGCUCUUACUGUGCUGGCCGUGCAGCUUUGCAAUGGUAGGAAGUCCUGUGCCCUCUGGUCCAGCGCUGGACCUGUGGUGCAGCGAGGCUCCAGUUUCGAGGUGUACUGCACCUUUAACUGCAAGUGUCAGGGGUCCAUGUACAGCGACCAUCCGCCCAAACUGCAGAGCCACAAAGAACUGAAUUCUACAACGAUAUAUUUUCGUGUGGCAAACAUAACCAAGAACAGAACAUACAGCUGUCAGUGUAGGUGUUCUCCUGAGCUGGACCCCUGUGGAAUGGACUUCUCAGCUGGAUAUCUACCAGAGCGCCCUAAAAACAUGUCAUGCAUCUACAAAGUCAAAGAUAAUGAAAGGGGAGUUGUGUUCUGCACCUGGAAGAGAGGACGAGACACUUUUCUGAGGAAUAAUUCAGUGCUGUGGGUGAAGACUGUAUCUAAAAACCACACUGAUGGACCGCUGCCGCACAAAGGUUCCACUAAGGGAACUGGUUUGUCGUCAGCUAGUUUCCCCGUGUCCAGCUCUGUCCAGCUGAUCUCUGUGUGGGUAGAAGCCCAAAACCCACUGGGCUCUGCAGUGUCCAUCACCAUCAACUACACACUCAGUGACAUUGCGAUGCCAUCGACUCCUGUUCUUGGCCAACCGGGGUGCUCUUCCCGAGAGUGCAUCAUCGAAGUGGAGCAGUCUGUGCGGACUCAACACCUGAAGAUCCAAUACAGAGCGGCAGCGCGCACAUGGACAUCUUCUCCAGACUCAGUUGUGCAGACUAGCUUGGUACAGGAUCGGUCCGUCUCCUCUCUGGAGCCCUACACCUUGUACCAUUUCAGAGCCAGAUCCAAAUUCAGCACCGGCCUGUGGAGUCAGUGGAGCGCAAACGUUUCCAGCUGGACUCAAGAGGAAGCUCCUGCCACAGAGUUGGACGUGUGGUACGCUGCAGCCGCCUCUGACGUCAUGAGAGUUUACUGGAAGGAGCCGAACAUUUCCACGGCUAGAGGGAGAAUCGUACAGUACAAAGUCGGAGUUGACAGCCAAAAGUCUGGAUCGGUCUUCCUCGCUAACGUUAGUGCCGAUGCCAGGAGUUAUUCAGUCCAGUUCUGUGCCGACUGUGAAGUGAAAGUGUGGGCCUGCAACUCCAAAGGGCCGUCCCCUCCUGCCCGAAUUACAACCCAUCACACAAAAGUGAAGAUUCAGCAGUUGCAGCCCCCUCAGGACGUGCAAGUAAAUGCAGACAACCGCAGUGUCACCAUCUCCUGGAGAAAGCAUGACACUGCACCUCCACAUGCCGUGUAUGUGGUGGAGUGGUACCCAGAGGGCAACAAGCUGGAGGAGCUCAGAUGGGUCAGACUGGGCAGGAAUGACAACCAUGCUGUUCUUACAGGUAUUAAGCCAUUUGAGUGCUACGAGGGAGCGGUGCAUGUUUUCUACAAUGAGAGCUCAGUGAGUUGGACCAGAUUUACAGGUGUCGCCACUCUGACCUCAGCCCCAGCAGCUGGUCCGUCAGCCCAAGAGACGGUUGAGGGAAACCAUGUGACAGUGACCUGGACGGAGAUUCCCAGGGGUCAGCGUGGGGGUUGUGUCACCAAGUAUACCAUCUAUUUAGAAAUAGACAGCAAACAACAACAGCAUUUCUCUAUACCAGCAUCAGAGAGGAUGCACAUCAUCAAAGACCUGUCUCCAGCUGGCUACAGCCUGUGGAUGACGGCUUCAACUGCUAAGGGAGAAGGCCGCGCGGGUCAAAAGGUCAAUUUCUUCAUCCAGCAAAAGACCCAACUAUCCCCCCUAAUACUGUGUGCAGUCUUUGCCCCAAUCGUGUUGUUGCUGAUGUGUCUGUCCCACAGUUCAGCAGUAAAGCAGAGGUUCUGGGUGUAUUUUCAGUGCCUCAUGCUCGAUGUUGUGCCGGAUCCUGCAAACAGCAAAUGGGCAAAAGAGUGUAUGCAGGAGAAGGGUAAGAUGAACCUCCAUCUGCAGCUGAGUAACUCCAGUGUAACCGAGGAGGAAGAAGAGCCCAUCCUGGUGAAUGUAGAGGAGCUGCCCAAGCAGACCGGUGACGUCUGCGCACCCACAGACGUCUCCUCGCGGCUCCUACCUCAAACCAGCCUGAGCCCUGAGACGGAGCCGGCCACAGUGCUCUACCCGCUGACCAACUACAUCAAGAGCUUCUCCCACGACUCAGACAGCUCCGACCACACGCAGACCUCUCUGGACACCAACACAACCGUCGACUACAUCUCGUCGCACGGGCUGGGAAAUAUGGAGGAGGAGGAGGAGGAGGAGGAGGAAGAAGAGUUUGCAGAAAUGCUGGGUUUCUUCCCCAGUCACAACAUUUUCAUAGAACCGAUGGAGUUUGGAGGGAAGUUGACUCUGAAUUCCGUCAAAAUUGACUGCAGUGACUUCUUUCUUUCAGAACAGUAAGUGUGGACCUGAAACCUGAACUCUUUGGUGAGAUGAGGUUUGACUGAAAGCCAUUUUUAGAGGAAGAAGAUGGCUAAACGAAACAGACUGGAAACAAUGACUGGAGGUGGUGAAUGUUUCCGUUUGUCUUUUUUUGCGUCAUGAAUCUUGUUGAGAUUUCCAUGAACUACCUCCUUGCUCACUGAAAUCGAAAUUGUAACAAAAAGCUCUCACUGAAUUCUGCAGAGCUGUUGUACAGUAAUCAUUUUUAGAAAUUACUUUUUGUUUUCAUUUCAUGCAUUACCAGUUUUCUCUAGAGCAGCAUUGGACACACUAAGACCACGACCAUAACGAACACAGUGCAGGCUGCAUGAAGGAGUGUAUCAGAUAUUGUGAUUGCUGCCUGCUUGUACUAAUGUAUACAUCCAUAUCUAAUCUCUAUAAACAGAUUCUGCAUUACACAUGCAUAAGAUAUGAAGUUCCCUUUGCAGGCUCUGUUUGUAGUCUGUGUAGUGUUAACCAAUCACAUUCGAGCAGGCUUUGGUUGAUUGCAGGUAAACAGUCGGUGUAGAGAGAAGGCAGAACGCAUCGGCCAAUCUGGGAACCCACCGGUUAUUGUCCUGGAAAGUGAAGCCAAUGUGGAAGUGCCUUAAACUUGCAUUCUCUCUAAUGACCAUCAGGGGGCGAC